AUGCCCGCAAUUAAUGAACCUUUGAGUUUACAAGAGCCAACAACCAUGCAACUUGUACGCCAACGAGUGCCACCACCACCGUCAUCACCACAACAGCAACAACAACAUUACCACCAACAAAUGCAUGAGGCACGCGGGUACCAGAAACAACCCAAACACCUGCCCAUUUUGACCAUCAAGAAUUUAUUUGAUAUACAAUCGGAGUCGUCAUCAGCAUCAGCUACUUCACUGUUGCAUUCUGAUCACUCGUUGCAAUCAACUUCUACUCCAUUUAAUCGAAGCAAUACUAGUUCUAUUUCCACUUAUGAUAAUAAUCACCAUCACUCGCAUCAUAAUCAUCGGCACAAGGGUUUGAAGAAGUUGGAUUGUGGGUUAACAGUGGCAAACCUCAUGCGUGAUGAUGAGACAAGUAUUUUUGAAAACUCGCCUGUCGAUGGCAAGGUCGUAUUGGAAGUGUACGAACAGAUAAAGAAACCAUGUUUAGCUACAAGGGAACCACAUUCAUCACCAUUGUCAACAAUUAAUUUCAAUUUUGAAUUUGAUAAUUGGAGCUUGGAUGAAUUGCCACCCAUGGAUGAUGGUAAAUUUAGCGACAGAAUUCAACUUGAAUCUACAAAUGACUUGAGACCAGAGAUGUUACUGCUGUUGCCAAUGCAAAGUGAUAUUGAGCAAGAUUACUUUAGUGGUGACGCGAUAAAUCAAAGUUUAGAAUUGAAUUCCAUGAUUGAGAGUAUGAAGGAGUUGACUUUAUUGGAUAGGUUUAAGGGAAUGAUUCGCAAAAAUUCCACCAAUAUGCUCAAACGGUUGAAUAGUUCAAGUUUUGAUUUGCUUUUAUUUAAAAAUGGAGAAAAUGGAAUUAUGGAUGGGUCUACACGCAUAGCCUCUUCAUCACCAUCCCCCAACAAGAUCAAAUUUGAAGAGUUUGUAGCAUCAGAGUCGGAUGAGAAAGAUCAAGGACAAGCACAUACAAUGCCAUCGGCAUCAACUUGCACUCCAACACCAAUAACACCAAACAAUUACCAUCCAACCCAAAACCCUAUCCACCGCCAUCACCAUCAUCAUCAGAAGCACAGCAGAAGCAAACUAUCAUCAUCGACACCGAAACGGAGGAAAUCAUUUUUGCACUUGCGUUCAGCUUCAUUACCGUUCAAUUUAUUUGACUUCAAACUGAACUCCACCUCUACUACCAAAACCUCUUCUCCAUUUCUUAAUUCGCCAAAACUGAUUUUGAAAUGUAAAGUGAAUCAAAAUUAUAAUCAAGAAUCAAUUGAAUCAAUCAAGCAAGACCUGAUUCAAUUUGAUGAAUUUUGGCGGAAAUUUGAAUUGAUGGAACAGGCAAAGAAUAAUUAUAGUAAUGAUGAAUUGUUGAAUUCAAUGCGAUUGGAACAAGUUAGAAACUAUUACUAUGGGAAUUGA